GCUAGCAGGAUGGAGAAAAUUAGCACUCUUGAGGCUCUAAGACAGUUGUACACAUUUUGGAAGAUAUUGUGUGUUCUACCGUGGUUAAAUUAUAAAAACUUGUCGAAAAUUUGGCUAGUGUUAAUAUUUUUCAUGAAUAUAACCCACAUAAUGGGCUUAAUACUUGAUUUCAUAUUAUGUGAAAGCUGGGAGCGCCUAUUACAUAAUAGCACAUACUACCUUGGGGUUCCAGUGGAUACUGCGAAAUACUUUCUUAUCUUUUUUAUGCGAGAUAAGCUAUGGAAAAUUGAAGAUCUCUUUGGUCUACUAGACGAAACCAUUACUUCAAAGGAGGAUAAAAUCUCUAUAAAAAUGACAAUUAAAAAUGUCCAACAAAUUUUCAUUGCUUUUAACCUUGUUGUGUGGAUUGGUGUCUACAGCCGAAUAGUAACUAUCUUGCAAAAUUAUGGAGAAGUUCCUACGCUACCAAUGUGGUUCCCAUUUGAAGAAAAGUUUAUAGUGUAUUUCUACCAAUCUCUUUGUUGGCAUUUUUUGGGAUUACAAAAUGGUUCUAGUGACAUAUAUGCACCCUGCUUUUUUAUCUUACUGAACGCACAUUUGAAGAUAUUAAUACGGAGAUUGGCUAAAGUUGGAAGUCGCUCGGAGGGAAGUGAGAAAUGUUAUCUGGAUCUUGUAGCCUGCAUCGAAAGUCACUUAAUAAUUCUGAGAAUUCAUAACACUCUCAGAGACAUAAUAUCGAGAACAUUCCUCAUACAAAUUACGAUAACAAGUAUUUCAUUGUGCGUUGUUAUUCUGUCGAUCGCAACUUUAAACCUACCACACGGAGAAGUCCUAUUUCUGCUUGUAUGUACAUGCAUGAUUAUUGUCGAGAUAUUACCAAUUUGCUACUAUGGAGAUCAAUUCUUAGACUUUAGUCGAAAGUUAGCAGACGGGGCUUACGGAACUGAUUGGGUCUAUCAAAAUCGAAACUUUCGCAUUGCUAUCCUUUUGAUCAUUCGAAAAUCACAAAACCCGGAUCCAAUUCUCGCUGGCGGUAUUAUUCCGAUUUCAAUGCCAACAUUCCUAUCAGUGGUACGCCUCGCUUAUUCAGUUUCAGCAGUUUUGAAGCAGUUUUAAUAACUACCAACUUACGCGCAUUUAUACUAUACAUUUAUACAUAUAAAAAGGUUAAUUACAACACCGUUGGGGUUGUUUGCAACAACCUUACGCUGCUUACUUGUUCGUAUCGAAUCAGCUGAAAAACCCGGUUUUGGCGCCCUCAAAUUACGAAAACUAAUAAAAUUAGAAUCCCUUUUUCUCCAAAAUACGAUUCCCAAGAAUUGAAGCUGUGUGUGUAGAAACAAACGUGAUCAGUAGGACUAAAUUAUUCGGUAAAUGCUGCUACAGUCUAUGUAAAUGAACGGUUUCAACCCCUAUGUCGAAGGUAGUCUUACCAUAAUCUGAAUAGUAAACGAGAUACAUAUAAAUUCCUGAAGGCAAAUCUCUGUUUGAAUUUCUUUUAUUAUUAUUACUAGCUGACCCGGCGAACUCUGUUCCGCCUUAGAGGCAAUA